UCUCUAACAAGGAUCAGUUGCAGACAACACUCUCCAGAAGGGGUAAACAGCUUCCUUUCCCUGAAGGCUAGAGGACUCUUAUUUCUCAGACUCGUGGCACCACGAAACCUUUAUUCGCUGAGGUCAAGGACUAGGACACUCGAACCACCUGUGCGGCUGAGGAAACUACAUUACCCAGAUGGCAAUGUGCCUAACGGUGGCGGAGUUGACCAAUGAAAGCCCAGGACAGGAGCAUUUCCAUGCGGACGCACCAGGUCGGGGCGGGACUUCCGGCGUCCUCCUCGUGGCGGUCAUUUUGGCUUUUCUGGAGUCUUCACUUUGCGGUUUCGGAGCCCCCGGUCGGCGGCAGAAGCGUUCUCCCCGCUACAAAGAGACGGUUCUAAGGCUUGGAGGCGGCGCGCCCCGGGGUGACCCGCAGCAGGCUGAGAUCAAGAUCUCACCCACAGCCCUGCUCCGCCCACCGAGUCCUAUGGCGGCGGCCGCGCCCAGGGACCCGGCUCAGGGUAUGAAUUUUGAGGACGUGGCCAUUGACUUCUCCCAGGAGGAAUGGGGGCUCCUUGAUGAAACUCAGAGACUCCUGUACUGUGAUGUGAUGCUGGAGAACUUUGCACUUGUAGCAUCGCUGGACCUUCACCAGCAACAGAGGCAUGGCAGUUGGGAGAAGCCCUGGAAAAGAGAUGUGGCCAGGGCCUCGUAUGUGACAAGCUGCAACUUCUGUGUGUCAGGGCAGCCUUUCACAUGUAGGAAGGUUGGAGAGGACUUCCCAGCGACCUCGGGACAUCUUCAGCUCCAGACCAGUCCCAACAGUGAGGAGCCACACCGUGGCAACCAGAGUGGAGAGGCCUUUCACAGUGGAAAAAGUCAGUACAACGGGGGUGAAUGUGAAAAAGCUGCCAGCCACAACCAUGGACUUGAUCAACAUCAGAGUGUUUGCUCUGGAGAAGGGCUUUAUGAGUGUGGCAAAGGUGGGAAAGCCUUCAGCUCGAACUGCAGCCCUGUGCAGCACCAACAAAUUCACAGUGGACAAAGGCCAUAUGAGUGUGGUGAAUGUGGGAAAUUCUUGAGCCAAAUCUCUGGCCUUAUUAAAGACUGGAGAAUUCACAGUGAUAAAGAGCCUUAUGGAUGCAGAAAUCGUGGACAGUUUCUUACCCAUAACUUCAGUUUCAUAGAACACUGGAGAAUUCACACUAGAGAAAGAACUUACGAAUGCAGUGAAUGUGGAAAAGUCUUUAUCCACAGAUCUAAACUCAUUCACCAUCAGAGACUACACACUAGAGGAAUGCAUUAUGGGUGUGGUGAAUGUGGGAAGUCUUUCAGCUACAAAUCCAACCUCAUCGAACACCAUAGAGUUCACACUAGAGAAAGGCCUUAUGAGUGUAGAGAAUGUGGGAAAUCCUUUAGACAAAGCUCUAGCCUUUUCCGACACCGGAGAGUUCACACUGGAGAAAGGCCAUAUAAUUGCAGCGAAUGUGGGAAAUCCUUUAGACAAAUCUUUAACCUCAUUCGACAUGGGAGAGUUCACACUGGAGAAGUGCCUUACAAGUGUAGUGAUUGUGGGAAAUCUUUUAGCUGCAAAUCUGAACUCAUUCAGCACCAGAGAAUUCACAGUGGAGAAAGGCCUUAUGAGUGCAGUGAAUGUGGGAAGUCCUUUAGACAGUUCUCUAACCUCAUUCGACACCGGAGUGUUCAUACUGGAGAAAGGCCUUAUGAGUGCAGUGUUUGUGGGAAAUCCUUUAGCCGUAAAUUUAUCCUUAUUCAACAUGAGAGAGUUCACACUGGAGAAAGACCUUAUGAAUGCAGUGAAUGUGGAAAAUCCUUUACCCGAAAAUCUGACCUCAUUCAACACCAGAGGAUUCAUACUGGCACAAGACCUUAUGAGUGCAGCGAAUGUGAGAAAUCUUUUAGGCAGCGCUCUGGUCUUAUUCAACACCGGAGAGUUCAUUCUGGAGAAAAGCCAUAUGAGUGUGGGGAGUGUGGGAAAUCCUUUAGCCAAAGUGCUAGCCUUAUUCAACACCAGAGAGUUCACACUGGAGAAAGGCCUUAUGAAUGCAGUGAAUGUGGGAAAACCUUUAGCCAGAGUUCUAGCCUCAUUCAACACCAGAGAGGUCACACUGGUGAAAGGCCUUAUGAGUGCAGUGAAUGUGGGAAGCCCUUUACCCACAAAUCUGACCUCAUUCAACACCAGAGAGUUCACACUGGGGAAAGACCUUAUGAAUGCAGUGAAUGUGGGAAAUCUUUUAGCCGCAAAUCUAACCUCCUUAGACACAGGAGAGUACACACUGGAGAAAACCCUUAAAUGUGAGAAAUGUUAGAAUUCUGUGUAUUAUUGAUGAGUAGCAUUCUAUUUUGUCGAUAAUGACUUUAUCCACGCAUCUGUUCUGGACAUACAGGUUAUUUCCAGGUUUGGGGUAUUUACAAAUAAAGCUGCUAUGAAUAUUUACAUUCA